CAGAACUUAAUUCCUUUUCGACCUUCAAUUCAGUUCCAAGGGCUCCAAGGGCUUGUCAAAAUUCCCAGAAAUGAUCCCAUCAAUGAAGUGCAUACAUUUAACUUCUAUUUGUCAAAUGUGGGUAAAGACAACCCUCAAGGCAGCUUUGACUGCAUUCAGCAGAGAUUCUCCAGCUCUGGAGCCUCCCAGCUCAAUUGCCUGGGAUUUAUACAAGAUAAAAUUACAGUGUGUGCAACAAACGACUCGUAUCAGAUGACACGAGAAAGAAUGACCCAGGCAGAGGAGGAAUCCCGCAACCGAAGCACAAAAGUUAUUAAACCCGGUGGACCAUAUGUAGGGAAAAGAGUGCAGAUUCGGAAAGCACCUCAAGCUCUAUCAGAUGCAGUGCCUGAGAGGAAACGGUCAACCCCCAUGAACCCUGCAAAUACAAUUCGAAAGACACACGGCAGCAGCAGUGUUUCUCAGCGGCCAUAUAGGGACAGGGUGAUUCACUUACUGGCACUGAAGGCCUACAAGAAACCUGAGCUGCUGGCUCGACUGCAGAAAGAUGGUGUCAAUCAAAAAGACAAGAACUCUCUCGGAGCAAUUCUGCAACAGGUAGCUAAUCUGAACCCUAAGGACCUCUCGUAUACCUUAAAGGAUUAUGUUUUCAAAGAGCUUCAGAGAGAUUGGCCUGGAUACAAUGAAAUUGACAGACGUUCAUUAGAGUUUGUGCUCUCAAAAAAACUAAAUGCAUCUCAGAAUGCUGCCAGCACCAGGCGUUCAGAAUCUCCUGUAUGUUCCAGUAGAGACAUUGCUUCUUCUCCUCAGAAACGGCUUUUAGAGUCAGAGUUCAUUGAUCCUUUAGUGAAUAAAAAAGCUCGAAUAUCUCACCUAACAAAUAGAGUGCCGCCAACAUUAAAUGGUCAUUUGAAUUCCACCAGUGAAAAAUCUGCAGGCCUCCUGCCGCCCCCUGCAGCUGCUGCCAUCCCCACCGCUCCACCACUGCCUUCAAAACUGCCCGCCUCCAACCCUUCCUCAGACUAUGGUGAUCCUGAGUCAGAGGAGUUAAGGAGGGUUGCACUGCCUCCAUGGCAGCCUUCUUCAACAAUUGAACUCCCAGAUUAUUUGAUAAAAUAUAUUGCUAUCGUCUCCUAUGAACAACGCCAGAAUUACAAGGCUGACUUCAAUGCAGAGUAUGAUGAAUACAGGGCCUUGCAUGCCAGAAUGGAGACCGUAGCUAGAAGAUUUAUCAAACUGGAUGCACAACGAAAGCGCCUUUCUCCAGGCUCAAAAGAGUAUCAGAAUGUUCAUGAAGAAGUCUUACAAGAAUAUCAGAAGAUCAAGCAGUCUAGUCCCAAUUACCAUGAAGAAAAAUACAGAUGCGAGUAUCUUCAUAACAAGCUGGCUCAUAUCAAAAGACUGAUAGGUGAAUUUGACCAACAGCAAGCAGAGGCAUGGCACUAGAGCUCUGCUUGGACCAGAAGAUGUGAAUAAACUUAAGCUUAUUUAUUUAAAAUUCCAAAUGAGUUGCUCUAAGAUUCUAAAAAAGGAAACUUUGCCUGUCGAAAGUUUCAGUAUUUGUAAACUUGAGUUAACUAUUUUUUUUCUUUCUGUCCCCCUCCCACAACCCCCAAUUUCUUUGCUUCCCUGCAAUUUUGAAGCUGCUUUUUCUGGUCCUCCCCCCCUCCCCCCCCCAUCAAGACUUGUGUUUGUCAAUAGAAGUAAAUUUUUUUAGAUAUUGGGGAUCCAGUAUCUAUACUUUAAAUCAGUUUUUUUUUUCUUAUAAACAUGUUUGUAAUUAGCAAUGAUUUUUUUAGAUAUUGGGGAUCCAGUGUCCACACUUCAAAGUUAUGUGUGUUAAAAAACAAACCAGUAAUGUGCAAGGUGAAAUGCGUUUGGAUAAACAUAAGCCUAUUUUCUGACCUUUCUUAAUGCAAACUCUUUGCCUUAAAUGGUAGAAUAUUUAGAAAUUUGCACAAAAUACAAAAAAAAUUAAAACAUUGUAUUGGAGGGUUAAGAAAUAAAAAGGUCUACGAGUAUGUAUAUGUGUGUAGCUACACAUACACAUAUAUAUAUAUACAGGCUGACUUAAUCUAGAACAGAAAAGUGCCCUGCAAGUUAACCCCCCAUUGCAAUGGUUGCCUUAAGGUGUUUGCUAGUUAUGUACAUAGUGUGGUUAAUCAUUAGCUACACUGCUUCCCACCUGAUUGGAGCAACGGGAAGCACACUGUGGCCUACCAGCGUCUGAACGCGUGUGCGCGACCUGUGUGUGUGCAGAGGUGGUGUGGAUGUGAGCGUGCAUGAAGGAAAAAAAGCUGCUACUCUUAGUAGGCCAAACGCUCAGGUUAAACAACUGACGAGUGUUACUGUAGGUUUUUGUUUUUGUUCUUAUGUUGUUUUUUUGUCCAAUUGCUACUUCUAUUGUGAAAGACAAAAGCAUUUCCAUUUCAACUGUUUGUCAGCUUUGUCGGGCAAAAUUGGUAUGUUAUGAAAAUGAAACAAAUCUAUAGUUUUGGGGCAAAAUUAUAAAAUUAAUUAUGUAGGUAACCUAUUUAUAUACUGCUAUAAACUAUUUUUUGAGGAGAGAUGUGCAAAGAAGUUAUUACCUACAUGAAAUGUAUAUUUAAAGAUUUUUUUCUUCAUCCUGGGUGCCAGGAAUAUAAAAAAGAGUGGAUAUAUUUAACAAUAGCAUACUGUGAUUCAUCAAACAGCACAAACUUUCAGUUCAUGGAGUUUAUCUGUUGACGUUGAUUUAAACUAUCACUUGUUUUAUCAUGUGGGAACAUAAGUUAUGUCAAAAUGUAAGGAUUUUGAACUAAUGUUGAUUCAAGUUGUGUUGUCUUACCGUAUUGUCUUUUCAAAGUGCUGCAGUAAAAGGAAGCAUUAUGUUUACAAUCUGUUUUGAAAUGUUUGCCAAAUUUUGGUAGUAUCUUUAAUAAAGAUGUUUGUCUCCCAGCAUCCAAAAAAUAAAUAACUUUGUUGUGUAUCACUGUAAACCAGGAAAAUGUUAUUAUCUAGAAACCUGAGAGGAGCAUGUAGAUGAACUUUGUCUUUGGAGUUCUAGAUAUGUAGAAGUACACAACUAUACCAAGACUAAAACAAGACCCUCUACACUACAACUCUAUAACAUUAUUGCAGAAACUUAAUUUCUAUGUAGCAUGAACCUCCUAGGGAAUUCGAUUUCUUUUAGCAUCGAGAUCCCUGGUGCUCUUCUUUUUUCCUCAGAAUUGGUACAAUCAUUAGUAAAUGUUAAUUGAUUUCAAACUUUCAAUUGCAAAAAAAAUAGGAAACUUAAUUGGGGGGUAAAUUUGGUCCUCAUAUUAUUAUGGUGGAGUCUGCUGAGGGAUUUGUCUAUAGAUAAUGACCUCAUUGGUGUUUAAUCAAAGAUUGUGUGCUGCUAUUUGCUAUGAGUGGUGUUUCUCAAAAGCAAGGUGCUUGGACCACUUACAUCACCCAAAUUAGAAUCUCUGGGUAUAGGGCCCAGGUAGUCAUCCACAUUUUCCUAAGUAUCCUCCAGGUGACCUGCAAGCUAAAGUAUGAGAACCACUGGCUUGGAUGUAGUGCUAAACCUGAGGUCUCUAAAUCUCAAAGUCUUGAAAUGAAGUUCAACUGUUGGCUUUUUUUUUAAACCACCUCUAUCAGCAGGCACACAUCACUUUUUCCUCAAGAUGAGAGGCACCUUCUCAAUUGUUUCACUGCCAACUCUUAUUUCAGAACUUGUUUACAGACAAGUCUUCUAGUUAGGUAAUUGUUAGCCCUUCGAGUUCCUACCCACCCACAUCUGCACAUCUUCUGGUUUACAAAUUGGGUAAUAGAAGCUGGAGAUGCUUUACAAAAACCCAGCACUGCAUACCCAUAGACUUGACCACAAACCUAUAAAAGCCUUAAUUUAGACGUUUAUUGUGUACCAUGGGCAGAUCCUUAUAAAAUGUGUAUCAGUUAUAAAUCUCUGACUCUGCUGCUACCUGAGGCUGCAUCUCUUUUGAAGACAGGCAUAAGCCUAUUAAAAUAUAUCAUUUUUCAUGUCCUGUUAGAUUUUUAGAUACUUUCAAGUCAUUGCUGCAGGAGUGUGUGAUCACUUAGUUACUUUAGUCGAAGAAUCUAUUCAGUUUUUUUGAAAGACACAGUGUAAAAGCAUUGUCAAGAUGAGAGAGGGAGUUAUGUUUUCAUCACAUUUCAUCUAAAAUAAUUUGAAGCAUUCUUGAAGAUUUUUACCAACACUCAUAAAUUGAUUCUAAAUUGAAUGAGCAGCUAAUUUAAUAUAAACCAAAAAGAACAUUAAUUAGAUGUGGUUUUGUUUUUUUAUGUGGGGAUUUAAUUUCCUAUCUUCUUGGGUUUUAUUUCUCAAGGAGUAAUUUAAAGAGUUAACUUUCACUUCUAGUGGUAGAUGUUAGGACUGGCUCUCUCAAAAGUAAUUGGUGUGGUCAGUUUCUAUCGUUGCGCCAUUCAUUGAUUCCAAAAAUUCAGUAUUUUCAUUCAUCUCUGAUGGAUCUUUUAACUGUUAGAGGAGUUUUCUUUUCCCUUAAAGUAUUUCACUUUAUU